AUGCUGAGCGAGGGAGACCGAAUGUUCAACGUAGUUUAUGAUAAUGUGAGUCCGGCUCUAUUUGUGCCGCAGCUUGAGGAGGUAUAUCCGGAACCGGUUCGGGUCCCAUUCAAACCAAAAGAAAUCCCUGAAUACGACAACGCGGUGCUAAGGUUGAACAAAUUUUUUAUUGGCAAGCGUAAUGUCCGAAUCGAACUUGAAUUAUUCCGUACGCUCAAACAAGCAUCAUCUGAACCCUUCAGCCAGUUUUUGCUACGACUGCGUACACAGGCUAUCCGAUGCGAUUUUCAAGAGCGUGAAGAAAUCGAGAUUCUGCAGCAAGUGACUAUGGGGGCGUUUGAUGAACGAGUGCGUGACAAAGGAUUGGAGGGAACGUUGGACCUUGACGGAAUAACAAAUUAUGCUAUGAACAGAGAAAUGCUCCUCAAACAGAAAGAAAAGGCGAAAGCUUUGGCUGGAGAAUCUGCAGUAGUUGCUUCGGUGAAGCAAGAGUGGAGAUCAGCGGCUACUCGUGAGUUUUUCGUUAUAGACGGUGCCAACAAAUCUCUGUUGAGCAAAACAACUGCUGAAGAGCUGAAUGUCUUGAAAGUUGGCUUAGAUGUUCACCAGGUAGAGGAAUCAGUAGCCCCUUUUCCGAAAUUCCCAAAUGUGCAGGUGAAACUCUCGGUUGAUCUCUCUGUUCCACCCAAGAAAAUAGCAUAUCUCAGGAUACCGGAGCCCUUGAAACAUAAAGUUGACGAAAAGAUUCAGGAUAUGCUUCGACAGGAUAUCAUAGAGCCGGUUAGGGGAGCGCCUGAUUGGAUUUCACCAUUGGUGGUCGUUCCAAAGGGUAGAGGAGACAUUCGGCUCUGCGUAAAUAUGAAGCUCCCGAAUGAGGCAAUUCAACGAGAACAUUUCCCGAUUCCGGUGAUUGAUAGUUUUCUGAAUGAGCUUCGAGGAGCAACCUAUUUUUCGAAACUGGACAUGACCUCGGCUUACUACCAUUUGGAACUUCAUCCAGAUUCACGUAACGUUACAACAUUCAUGACAAAUCGGGGGUUGAUGCGGUUCAAACGACUCAUGUUCGGGAUCAACUGCGCCCCGGAAAUAUUUCAACGUGUGAUGACGGAAAUGUUUUCGGGGAUCAAUGGAGUCGUAGUCUACAUAGAUGACGUUGUAGUAGCAGGAAGCACGCGGGAGGAACAUGACCUCAGAUUACAGCAAGUACUUGCCGUCUUGAAAAGCAACAAUGCGAAAUUGAAUCUAGAAAAAUGUGUGUUUGGAGUGACCGAGCUGAAUAUACUGGGAUUCAAAGUUAGCGCUCUUGGAAUAUGCCCAUCGGAGGAAAAGGUUGCAGCUAUACGUGACUUCCGGAUGCCGGAAACAAAAGAGGAGGUUCGGAGCUUUUUGGGGCUCGUAAACUUCGUAGGUCACUUUAUUCCACACCUAUCUACUCGCACCGAGCCGCUUCGAGAGUUUAUCCGUGGGGAAGUUGAGACUUUCGGAAAAACACAGCAAGCUGCCUUCAACGACCUUCGACAAGAGCUGACAACCAAAGUAAGAAAGCUAGGAUUCUUCGAUCCUAAGGAUUCAACAGAACUUUUCGUAGAUGCCUCUCCUGUAGGCUUGGGAGCGGUGCUCAUCCAACGCGAUGACGCGGGUUGGCCUAGGAUCAUUAGCUUCGCAUCAAAAGGCCUGACAGAUGCUGAACGAAUGUAUCCUCAGACACAACGGGAGGCACUGGCCGUAGUCUGGGCAGUGGAGAAAUAUUAUUUGUAUUUAUACGGCCUUCAUUUCACGAUCUUCACCGACCAUAAAACGCUCGAAUACAUCUUCGAAGGAAAGUACAGAGACGGUAAGCGAGCUUGUUCCCGAGCGCAAGGUUGGGCCUUACGCCUCCAGCCUUACGACUUCCAAAUAAAGCAUAUUGAAGGAACUAAGAACAUAUCAGAUGUAUUGUCACGCUUGUGCACUAAAGAAGAUGCGCCAUUUGAUGAAAAUACACAGCACUUCCUCUGUGCAAUCGGUGAAUCGCCAGCAGCCAUUACUCUGGAAGAGAUACGUAACGAGACAUUGCAUGAUUCGACGCUGAGCGGGGUUAUUGAAGCCCUGAGGACACAGAUAUGGCCGACGGAGCUCUUCCGAUACCAAGCAUUCGAUAAGGAAUUAGGGUUGAUUCGCGGUAUCCUUGUUAGAGAAGACAGAAUCGUAUUACCACUGAAAUUGCGGCAACGAGCGCUGGAAAUCGCUCACCGUGGCCAUCCUGGGAUAGUGGCAAUGCGUCGAAAUCUUCGGCAAUAUGUAUGGUGGCCAUGUAUGGAUACAGAAGUCUGCAGUGCCGUGAAGCAAUGUGUUGGAUGUACAGCUGUGAGUAAUCAAGAUCCACCUGAACCUAUGUGCCGUAAGGCAAUGCCAGAAAGGCCGUGGCAGGAGAUUGCUAUUGAUUUUUUAUCAGCCAAAGAGUUUGCUACUUUCCUGGUCGUAGUAGACUACUACAGUCGAUAUCUUCAUGUAGUGGAGAUGAAGAGUACCACUGCUUCCAAGACCGUUGAAGCCCUAGAGAAGAUUUUCAAAGAUCAUACGUAUCCUGAAUCUAUUCGUUCAGAUAACGGGCCACCUUUCACAAGUGAAGAGUUUUCUUAUUUUUGUGCUAGCAAAAACAUAAAUCUGGUGAAAUCCAUACCAUAUUGGCCUCAAAUGAACGGCUUGAUAGAGCGACAAAAUCGGGGGAUUCUGAAGUCGCUAAGAAUUUCCAAGGCUUUAAAGUCAGAUUGGAGAAAGAAUCUCGAAGAGUAUGUUUACAUAUAUAAUACCACCCCGCAUUCCGUGACCGAGAAAGCACCUUUGGAGCUACUAACUGGACGCCCUGUUAAAGAUUUGCUACCAUCACUACGGACAGAUCCCUAUUUCAGUCGUGAUGAACACACCAAGGAAAACGAUGCAAUAAAGAAGAUGCAAGGGAAACUGUAUGCAGAUCGUCGGCGAAAUGCAAAAGAAUCGGAGAUAGCAAUUGGCGAUAUUGUAAUGAUGAGAAGCUACGAAUCAGGCAAGCUGGAACCAAAUUUUAAAAUGGAAAAGUUUACCGUUCUCGAUCGAUCUGGAAGUGAUACCACGAUAGUCAACAAAGAUGGAGUGAAAUAUCGGCGUCCCGUGGCCCACUUGAAAAAGUGGCCCUCUACAGCAAUAACUUCAAAUCCCUCUGAUUCUUUCACAGAUCUCCAAGAACCCCUACAGGAACAAUGUUCACAGCCUGGUUUACAGGAUGGUGCCAUAUCCGAUUCAUCCAGCCAUCCAAGGAAGCUAGCAAAACCAGCAGAUGUCGACUCGACACCGAAGCAGAAACGGCCGAUGAGAAUAAGAAAAAUUCCCAAACGAUUCACUUGA